CGCGCGCGUAGCCACGUACCGGCACGCAGUGGACGCGGAGAAGUAGAGAGAGAUGGUUCUCAAGACGGAGGUGUGCCGCUUCAGCGGCCUCAAGAUCUACCCCGGGCACGGGAUGCGCCUGACGAAGAUCGACUCGCAGACGUACCUGUUCCUCAGCGCGAAGUGCAAGCGGCUGUUUAACCUUCGCCUCAGGCCCGCGAAGCUCGCGUGGACGACGCAGUACCGCAAGGCGCACAAGAAGGACGCCGUGGUGGACGCCGCGCGCAAGAAGAAGCGCAGCGUCAGGCUCCAAAACCGCUCCCUCGUCAGCGCGAACCUCGAGUUGAUCACGAAGAAGCGCGCGGAGAAGCCGGAGGUCCGCGCCGCCGCGCGCGAGGCCGCGCUCCGCGAGAUCAAGGAGCGCAACCGAAAGAACAAGGGCAAGAAGUGAGGGAGAUGGAAUGAGUAGAGUCUCUCUCUUCGCGGCGGCCGCGGAUCGGUCGGCGAGAGGCGGGGUGGUGUUCUUAGCUCUGCGGUUGUGAUGUGAGGCGACGCCCGCGAGCGGGCGUCGCGUACGU